UAUUGACUCAAGGAAACAAGGCGGUGCGGUGACUCAGCCGAGGUAAACAAAACCAAAGUCAAGACAGUUGACCAUGGCCGAGCAAAGCAACUACACAGUGUACUUUGACAUGUUGACAUCAAAGUCACGACCUCCUCUGGUACUUGGGGUGCAUGCAGCAGCUGCAGUGAUAAACUAGAUAGCUGAGUGGCUAUACCGGUAGUAGAAGGAUGUCCAGACUCUUGGGUAAUUUUCUGUUACAAAUAAUUGUGCUGCCGAUUGCUACCACCACCGCCUUCACAACGACCGUUCCUCUGUCACCGAUGUUCUCUCGCGCCAGUCCUUUCCAUCUUGCUUCAGAAAAAGCAGCUAUGGAGGUUGCGACUGAGGCCGAGACUGUGACUGAGGCAACCGUUACAAUUGGACCUACCGGUAUCAGAGAUCCCAGCACCAUCCCUCUGCUCCAGCAACGGCUCAUGGAUGCCGGUGUUCCGUUGGAAGAAAUGUCUCUUGUGGGAGAUCAGACAGAGGAACAGCAAGAUGAGCAACAUACAGCAACAGAAGGAAAGUCUGCAGAAGAUAAUAUCCACAUUGUAAAUAUCAAGACGUUGGUCUGGCAAGUGCAAGUAACAUCAGCCAGUGGCACCACCACUGCUACGACGCCCCUUCCACAGUUGGAUGACACCAAUGACACGCAACCCUACUACUACUAUGUGGUAGCAGCCUUGCCAAUUCAAGAAACGGUGGAUGUGCCAAGAUUGGGAAACCUGGUUGCCAAGCACUUGCGAUACUCACACCAAGUAGAGUUUCUGUCCAUGGCACCACGAGAGGUGGCAGAAUCACUGACAGGAUUCACUUCGGGGUGCAUGCCCCCCAUUGGCCACACCACUACCAAGCAUUUGCCACUCUUUGUUGAUUCCUCCAUGAUUCAGGCACGGGAUGAACAGCCAUCCAAUCAGGUUGUCAUGGCCAGCAUUGGGUCAGGGAUACCCGGCAAGAGUCUCCUGCUACCACUGCAGCAACUCUUGCAAGUGGCCGCCAAAACGGGGGGUGUUCGUGUAGGAUCGUUUCUGUCAUCGUCUUCACCACCACUACUGCAGGUACCCAUUGAAAAGACUCCUCAAGAGAGACGACAAGAGCGAAAGCAGGAACGAGUCAGUCGACAACCCAAGCCCAAAGAUCGGCUCCAAGAGUACCGCAAACUGCACGACAGGGUGGACCGGGCCAAACUCUUGCGCACCACGGCACGCAAAAAGGGACGCUUUCACGAUGUCCAAACACUCGUGGACGAGGCCGUUCGAACGGGAGACUUUCCCCACCUAUUCGAUAUUCAACCGGAAGAGGGGUUUAGUAAGAAUGCAUUGCACAUGUGUGCCUGGAGAGGCGACCUCGAAGCCGUGCAAUUGCUCGUUGAAACGGCCCAACAACAGUACAACGUUGACAUUGUCAAUCUCAUUUCCAAAGGACCGGGCAACUAUGGCAAGACUCCCAUUUUUUAUGCGUUGACGCAAUGUCGAGAAGAUGUGGUGCGGUACUUGAUCGACCGCGGAAACGCUAGUUUGCUCAUUGUCAACAACAAGGGUCAAACGCCCUGCAGUAUUGCCGUCAGUCACCUCUCCAAGGAAGCGUGUGAUUACAUGUUCCAAGUGGAGCGACAGCAACUAGAACAGGGGAUGGUAUUUUCGGAUUAUCGGCAAUCGCAUUCGGAUGAAAAGUUGUACGGAGAUUUGGAUCCUCGCUUUCCCAUUGACAAUUACAACUACGGAGAUGACUUGGUGGAGUCACUGCAACAAUAUCGAGACUCGACGUCCUCGGUCAUCAACGGCAUCCCCACCCAGUUUGAACCAAGAAGUUUGCGUCCCACGGUUCGAUGGUGGAAUCGAGAAGAUGGUUCCUUGGCCAAUGCCAACAGUGCACAUCCUGAAGGGCCUUUGACAUUUACACAACCAAGACAGUCGACUCCACCAAAGACGGCAAAGAAGAAGCAAGGGGACAACACCCAGCCAAAUAGAGAUGACAUUGCAAAGGCAAUCGACAUCAAUUCACUAGAGCUGCUGACCAUUCAAUUGGUUCUGGAUAGAGACAGUUCUAGUACCCCGUACCCCGAUGAGACGCCAUCAUCCGUGCUCUUGGUCAACUCUUCAGAGACGCUGAGGCAGCUCGAGGCAGACAUUGAUGCUGCGAUUGAAAAUGCUGGCGACAACCAGAAUGAAGAGAACAAGACGGUGGAUAAUAUUCUGCUCAACUCUACUUGGGGACUGGAUUGCGAAUGGAAACCUGGUCUCGAGCAUGGAAAAGACAACCCAGUGUCUCUUCUCCAGUUGAGUUCACGGCAUCGUUCGUAUAUCGUUGAUCUUCAGAGUCUUUGUCAAGUUUCCCACCAUUUGGUGGAUGGUGCCGGGUGGACUCAAGUUAACGCCACUCCCAUGGAGAUGCAACUCGACCGCGCGUUGUCAAAACUAUUUCACAACCACAACUUACCCUUGUUGGGCUUUGGGAUUCAUCAAGAUCUGGGAAAGAUGGCAAUGAGCUUUCCUCACUUGCCAUGCUUUGCGAAGUUUACGGCUGUGAUUGACCUCCAAACCGUCGCCACAGCCAUUUACAGCAAGGGGGCACGGAACACCAUGUCUAGCCUUCAAAAGAUGGUGGCGACACUCCUUGCAAAACGAUUGGAUAAAUCUAAGCAAUGUUCGGACUGGACUCAACGUCCCUUGAGUGCGACACAAAUUAGCUAUGCCGCACUUGACGCAGCAGUUUUGCCAAUCCUACUUGAAACCAUGAUGGAAAAGAGUGUCAGUGUGGAGCCAUACAAUGGUCAGUUCUUUGCUGUGCACGCCAAUCUACGUUCCAAUCUCCAGUACACUUUUUUGGACAAAAGUGUUCCAGACGAAAUCGCGCGCAAUGGUGAGGACUGGGUUUGGCAUGUACCAAUGGGGAGCCUUCGACACACACUUGUUCCUGGGAGAUACAUGGCUCGUCAGUGUUGGCCUCUUCUCGGAGACACUCCCGAGCCACCAAGACCAGCCACCAUGGAGGUGGAUUGCAGCAGCGCCAGGAAAGGCAACAAGGAAAACAGCAAGUUGGGGUCAAAUGGACGACGGAAGCCAAAGCCAAUCCAGCUAAGCUCGCUUGCUGGGAACCUGGACAAUCUGCCAAUCCCUGGAACGACCCUUGGCUACACCAAGGACUCUUGUGUCUCAAGGGUCGUAGGUCACAUGUUUAUCAAUACACUUCCUGAUGGGACAACUAUUGGCUACAACCGUCGUUCUGGAGUUGUGGAGAUGAAUAAUGCAUGGAUCCUCUUUUGUAACUUUGGUGGCAAUGUCACCAAGUCCAACUACUAUCUUAGCGAUUUCUCCAAGCAUGGUCGGCAUCUGAGAUUCAAUGUUAACCCAGAACGCCAGAAUGGAAAAUCUAGCGAAAGAACGCUCAUGAACUACAUUGCAAGGGGGUCAAACAGGGCAACUUCGAAACAACUGCAAGACAACAAGACCAUUCUUUUGUUUGCCCGUGAUGGUACAUCCUCUAAGUACAUGUAUUGUGGAUCAUGCAGGUGUAUUGAUUACACUGUGCAGGAGGAAAACGUUUCAGUUGACCUGCAUCUAGAGCUUGAGAACUAUGAAGAGCUCGUCGGCGACAAAAAUAUUUCUUCCAGCUUCAUCGAGCUUGUAAAGUGGAGAGAGCAAGUAUCAUGCAAACACCAGCAACAAGUGUCAUAAUCAAACUAUCUGAAAGAAGACGAACCCACUACCACCACCAUACAACGCCAUUACGCAGAUUCUUUGCAAGACAGCUAGGCUCCUUCUAGUAGAACCCUCGCGCAAAACCAACAUCCACAGGAAGUGCCUUCAGUUCAGCAUUCUGCUGGAACCUGAAUGCCUCCCCAGUCUAUCCAACCACCUCCACAAACAACCUGUUGGGAUCAUCAACACUGCUCUUGGCCAGGCGCUUGCGCAAACAGGCAUUGGCCGACUUUUCAAAUAUGUGUGACGGAAUCUGUGGCCAGCACAUGCUAGCUGAGCUAAUCAACUUCUUCCAUCUCAGCUACCUCUUGCUCCAAUUCUUCCCCUUCCUUCUCCACUACUUUUGCAUCCUCCGCCACCACCGUUUCCUCUGGAUGAACCAGCUUUUUGUGGAUUCCCCAUGCCUCGCGUUGACAUUGAUGACCGCAGUACGUUGUCUCCUUGUCCACAUCCAGACAAAGUUCACAGGACAGCAUUCCUUCUGGAAAACAUCGGCGGCACCAGUUGCACUCCUCAAACUUUACGGUCUCUUUCAACGAGACACCAAAGAACCAGCCAUCAUCAAAAGGCUGAAAAUGAAGCAAUGGCAAGUGCGCUACCUUGCCAUCUCGUGAGUAAUACCUCAGCAUUUCCUUUGGUUCUUCUUUCUUUGAAGACCCAAACCAAUCAAGCCAUGAGCUCGUUUCUUUGCCAACGCACCAAGCUACCUCUACAUUGACUCGCAUCGUCACAACAUUGCUGGCACUCUUCGUUUUGUCACCCACGAAAACGUCAAUGGGUGCCCACGAAGCCGACAUUAGGAAAUCUUGACCAAGCUGCAGUCCAACCAUUUGAGUCUUGUCAAGUGAAACUUCCACGGCAUUGUUGAGUAUGACAUCGAUACCGCCUACCCUUACGGAAAAUGGCUCGAUGCAUGUAAACGUGACACCCCGUACCUUCUUGACUGUACAAACGUCGACAAAUUUUUGAGAUUGGAGGCUUUCCAUGCGUCGCAAUCCCAAUUGAUUCACGACGGAUGGCGAAACAAGAGUGUAGAUGCUCCAAUUCGAAAUGCGUGCCAGCAGCGGGAUCCCUUUUACCAUCACGUCCAUGUAAACAGGUCCUUUGGUCGGGACCAUUCGCAGAUGUUGCUCACUGAACAAGGUGACGGUUGCAGCCAGAUCCACAGAGGGGGCUACGGUAGCCUUGACCUUGUGUUCAUCUGAUUUGAAUUGAACCUCACGCUCUAUUGGAUUGGAACCUCUUUUGUGGAAUUCUUCCGCCAUCAUUCUUCUUUGAGAAUCUGUAUCAUUGGCGGAAGUAAUGCCUCGAAAAUCUGCCUCCGCCUUGAUUUGUUCGUCUGUGAGGCAUUGUGGACCCGUCAUGCCAUUUGUUGUUGUGUUUACCCCCAUGAUACGGUCCAGCCCAUCUUUGGAAGUGCGAAUGUCGGGUGUUGCUGGCUGUCCCACUAUAAGUAGUUCACGGCACAACAGCUUACCACAAGUGAGGCAGUAAUUGCCAUUGUGAUUUAGGAUGCACUUUCGGCAGAAUGUGUGUCCACAAUAUAGUCUCGUUGGUUUCCUGGGCAACUUGUGACACAAAGGGCAAUCAUUGGGCGGCUCUAUUGCAUCAUAGAAAACUUCUCCUUCGUCGUCGUUGUCGUCGUCAUCUUGUUCUUUGUCGCGACCGUCAGCCCUAUCAUUGGCGUUUGCAGUAUUCUUGUUGCAUUUAGUAGUACUGGGCAACCAAGCUCCAACCAAGCAUUUGGCGACUUGUCGGAACAGCUCUGGUUCGUUGGGUUUGUUUGUGAAACGGGAAAUCGGGCCGACAAACAUAGCCCAGAAUCUCAAGGGGAAAUUCCGUUCCCUGUGGUGUGAAAGGUACUCCCUCCUGGCGCAAAAGAAUCAAGGAUUCGCACAUGUCCGAUGCAGUUGG